AUGACUGCAACUGCUAACCAGCAAGAUAGGAUAUAUAUCGUGGAAUCAUUGGGUUUAAAGAAAUGUCAAAAUGUUAUUGGCAAUCCUGAAAGAAAAAACAUUUUGUACGAGAAAGUGUUUCGACUCGGACAAGAUCUCGAGGCGAUGGAACAUAUUUUGAGACCAAUAGCACUGAAGUUAUUAAAUGACAAAAUCCAAUAUCCCCUUACAGUCAUAUAUGUUCCCUUAAAAUGGUGUGGAUUUGCAUACAAGCUUUUUGAAUCGGUGUUGGGCAGUUUUCAGUGUUACCCACAGGACUCUUCAGAAGUACCAGAGAACAGGUUAUUUGCCCAGUUUCAUGCAUCUCAAACCAAGCAAAUGAAAGAACAAAUUCUUUGUAAACCUUUGUUCUUCAAUGAGCAUUGUUCGUGUCAUUUUUGCAACUGCUGCAAUUGGGAUGG